UGGUUUUAUAAGGUGGAGGCGGCGGCGGCGGGGAAGCACUAACGUCUCCACCAUCGUCGUCACCACCACCUCCACCUCCGUCACCACCACCACCACCACCACCGCCAUGAAGUACUUGGUGCUCGCCCUGGUGGCCCUCGUGGCCGUGGUCGCGGCGCGCCCCGACAGGGUGAUGGACCUGGACCUGGAUGACAUCCACCACGACCUGUCCAUCGCCGACGACACCUCCGUCACCGGCAUGUACAGCUGGACGUCCCCCGAGGGCGAGAAGUUCUUCGUGCGUUACGUCGCCGACGACGACGGUUACCGCGUCAUCGAGUCCAACGCCGUCCCCGCCACCCUCGGCGGCACGGCGGCCAACGGCGCGCAGGGCGCCUUCGGCUCCUCCGAGGAGGACGACAGCAACGACAACGACAGCAGGUUCGACUUUGACUGAGCAGUGCGGCAGCGCAUCGGCCGGUGCCGGCGCACGGUGCACCCAGCGGCCCUGUCACGCCGAACUGAACAGCUCGCCACGUGUGCCAGGCUGCCACAACACAGUACCACACAACACAAACACUACCGACACACAAGACUUGCUUUCCCACACGCCAACACACGCCAACCCAGACACUCAUCACUCCUCGCUGCCUCGUACAACACCGGCACACCUGACGAGUCGUUUGGUUUGGCCGACCGUGACGCCGCUGUGCUGGCUGUGUCGCCGAGCCGCCGCCCUGCACACGCACUCCUGCAGCGCCACCAGCACCUCACCCCGCCGCGGCCGCCUGCCUCACCGACCCGCCCAGCCCCUCGCCUCCCUUCCCUUCACUAGUCAUCAGCAGGAGGCCGCAGACCCCCUCCCCCCCUCGCAGCCUCCACGACGCUUUGUAAUUUAUUGGCAAUAAACCAUGGAAGGCUGA